CACGAACAUAUCAAGAUGCUCUUCACGAAAGACUUCACGAGCAUGUCUCGUGAAGAAAUCGAGAGCCUAGCAAAGCCUACCAAAGAUUACCAAGAGAUUAUGGAAGUCUGGCCGCCUCUGAGGAUCGAGUGGGAUGACAAGCAGAAGGCUGUUGCCAAGUUGCGACAACAGACCGAAGUGGCCGAUGAGAUGGACGAGCAAGAUCCAGCAGUAGACGAAGAAAUUCGUCCAAUAUCUGCUCGUGAUGGACACCAACUCUCUCUUCGAAUUUUCCGCUCGAACCGGCACACUGAUCCAGAAGGUCCACGCGUUGUCCUCUGGCAUGGAGGUGGGUGGGUGCUGGGCAGCGCAACAAUGGUAGCAGAUAUCGCACGCCGUCUGUGUAAGCGCUUUGGAGCCAUCGUCAUCGCGCCGAAUUACCGACUUGCUCCUGAGAAUCCAUGGCCGGCCAGCAUCAAUGAUGCGUGGGAUGCCUUUGAAUGGAUUCGCAAGAACAUGGCCAUCCAGUACGAGCAGCGCGAGGGUGGUGGUACCUUCAUCGUCGGUGGCAUCUCGGCAGGUGCUAGCAUGGCUAUCGCAAUUGCACAUCAGGCUCAAGAUGAGAAGCUUGAACCGCGCGUCACUGGAGUGUACUCUGCCUGCGGCUCUGUACAGCCUAGAGACGCCACACAACUAGGCUCCAGCUUUCACGAGCGAUACUUGAGCCGGACCCAACACGAAUGCAUCAACAACCCCAUCCUGUCCAAAGAUCUUGUAAAGUUCAUGAGAGAAUGUGCCCAGGCUGAUACUCAGUCCAAGCUGUAUGCGCCGCUGCUGUGGCCCGGCAAUGAGAACCACAGAGGCCUGCCAAAGAUAUAUCAGCAGCUAUGUGGUCGCGACUACAAUCGCGACGAGGGACUCAUAUUUGACCACAUUUUGAAGAGUCAGGGCGGGGCGUCGCGAGUAGAUUUGUAUCCUGGACUACCGCAUUGCUUUUGGAUUGCUCUCCCGUACAUCCCAGAAUUUGCGCAGUGGCAGAAUGAUACAAUUUCGGGAUUCCAAUGGCUUCUGGGCCCGAAUUGAUCACCACAUGGCCAUACUGAGAGGGUGAAACCUAAAGUCAGGGCAUGCAGGCCAGCGGCUGCGAAGGCUCUUGCCACACCGGACUGAUACCGUCGCUCCACUCCUAUACGAGGGUAAAUGCUCGGUUUGCAUUAUCACUCUGUGUUCCUGCAGACCGGUAUGUCGCAUUCACCCUUCAUGAAGCUGUCUCUUCAUUAGCAAUGAGUAGCGACUUUAGCACUUUGUGGAGGACUACCGCCCUUCAUGGUGCGGCGCAUUGGUAUGGCUCAGGUCUGCAUAUGCGUCCAAUUCGAACAGUGCGGCUCUCAUUGUGGAUGGUACAGCCAGCGCCUGGGCUCAAUUCUCCAGAGUAGAAAGCGUGCCCUCCACAUUAUGGUAUUCUUUUG